CAUUCGACAAGUAUAUGGAAGAAUGGAAACAAUACGCGAGGACAAGCUUCACUCAGUCGAAGUGGUUUCUUGCGAAUGAAUUGCCAUCUUUUUCUGAUUACUUGAGCAAUGGAAUGGUCACAAGCACAUACUAUUUACUGUCAGCAGCAGCUUUCUUGGGCAUGGAUAGUGCCUCAGAGGAUGUUAUCAACUGGAUGUCAACUAAUCCCAAAUUCUUUGUUGCGUUGACAACACAUGCCAGAUUGACUAAUGAUGUUGGCAGUCACAAGUUCGAGAAAGAAAGGGGCAGUGGCACAGCAAUUGAAUGCUACAUGAAAGAUUAUAAUGUGUCGGAGGAAGAGGCAAUGGAGAAGUUUGAAGAGAUGUGUGAGGACACUUGGAAGGUUAUGAAUGAGGAAUGCUUAAGGUCUACUACAAUUCCAAGAGAAAUUCUCAAAGUGAUUCUCAAUCUAGCACGAACCUGCGAAAUUGUUUACAAGCACCGUGGAGAUGGAUUCACUGAUCAACGUAGAAUUGAAGCCCAUAUAAACGCAAUGCUUAUGGACUCCAUGUCUAUUUGAGGAUGACACUGGUUACAUUAUCAGUUCCCAUUGGAAUUGGCCCUAUGUAUCAAUUCAUUAUGAGUUCUGAAGUGUGUGUGUGUAUGUUUUUUUUUUUCCUGUUUUUAAUUGGCCCUAGAGGUCUUCUAAUGCUGACAGAGAGGGAGAUCGAUUCUCCUUUCUUCCGUCUCCUCCCUUUGGUUAUGGUUGUGUAUCAAAACAAA